GUUGAGACAGACAAAUUCUGAUUUAAGGAUCUAAGCCCCAUCGAUAUGAAGUCCUGCGCCAUUCUUGCAGCCCUUGGCUGUCUUGCCGGGAGCGUUCUCGGCCAUGGACAAGUCCAAAACUUCACGAUCAAUGGACAAUACAAUCAGGGUUUCAUUCUCGAUUACUACUAUCAGAAGCAGAAUACUGGUCACUUCCCCAACGUUGCUGGCUGGUACGCCGAGGACCUAGACCUGGGCUUCAUCUCCCCUGACCAAUACACCACGCCCGACAUUGUCUGUCACAAGAACGCGGCCCCAGGUGCCAUUUCUGCCACUGCAGCGGCCGGCAGCAACAUCGUCUUCCAAUGGGGCCCUGGCGUCUGGCCUCACCCCUACGGUCCCAUCGUUACCUACGUGGCUGAGUGCAGCGGAUCGUGCACGACCGUGAACAAGAACAACCUGCGCUGGGUCAAGAUUCAGGAGGCCGGCAUCAACUAUAACACCCAAGUCUGGGCGCAGCAGGAUCUGAUCAACCAGGGCAACAAGUGGACUGUGAAGAUCCCGUCGAGCCUCAGGCCCGGAAACUAUGUCUUCCGCCAUGAACUUCUUGCUGCCCAUGGUGCCUCUAGUGCGAACGGCAUGCAGAACUAUCCUCAGUGCGUGAACAUCGCCGUCACAGGCUCGGGCACGAAAGCGCUCCCUGCCGGAACUCCUGCAACUCAGCUCUACAAGCCCACUGACCCUGGCAUCUUGUUCAACCCUUACACAACAAUCACGAGCUACACCAUCCCUGGCCCAGCCCUGUGGCAAGGCUAGAUCCAGGGGUACGGUGUUGGCGUUCGUGAAGUCGGAGCUGUUGACAAGGAUAUCUGAUGAUGAACGGAGAGGACUGAUGGGCGUGACUGAGUGUAUAUAUUUUUGAUGACCAAAUUGUAUACGAAAUCCGAACGCAUGGUGAUCAUUGUUUAUCCCUGUAGUAUAUUGUCUCCAGGCUGCUAAGAGCCCACCGGGUGUAUUACGGCAACAAAGUCAGGAAUUUGGGUGGC